AUGAUUACCGACCAUGUUUUUUAUGGGUAUGCAAAAGACCCAUUUGUUUAUGGAUCAUUAGCUCUAACUCUAGGUUUAGGAACAGUAUAUUACUUCAAUAGGUUUAGCGUAUGGAAGACAAUCAGGACUCAAGGAAUAAAAAGUAUACACUCAAGGACUAAGUUAUUCCAUACCAUUUUCGGAGCAUUUUUGAUAUUCCUCAAUGUUUUCAUGUGGGUUUACUUAUCGUCUAGUGGUUUACCUACUCUGACAUAUUUAGGGUCGGAUUUCCGUCAAUCACCCUUGACACUGACCAUUUUAGGGUUAAAGUAUUCUGACUUCAACGUACCAGGAUAUUCUUUUAUAGAAGAGAAAGUACAAUUUGAAUCUACGGAAGAUUUUGAAUGUAAGGCUGUUCAAUUUAAUGAUAAAAUUUUUUCAAGCCCAGCAGUUCCUGUUGAUGGUGAUUUAAGAAGAGUGAGGAAUCAAGCUUUUGAAUUGGCGAAAUCCGAAUAUCCAAUAGCAAAGAACUGCUUUAUGGACAAAGACAAUGAAUCCGAGGAAUAUAUUCUUAACAGAAAAUGGGCAAGAUUUUGUGGUAGUAGUGUUUGGUUAUCCAAAUAUGAAGUUCAUUUCUUUGUCAACAGAAUAGUAUAUGCACACGAAAACGAGAGAAGCAAGCCUACUAUCAGUCUAAUUGAUGUUCAAAUUUUUGAUCGUGAUUGGAAUGAACUAACCGACUUUAGUAUCCCAUUAGCUGACGGGACAGAACUAGAUUUUCCCGGACUUGUUAAAAUUGAUAUAGAUCAAAAUCCUAAACACAAGUUUUCUGUUAUGGGUCCUGAAGACCCUCGUGUUGUUUUAAGGAAGUUCACUAACGAUAAAGGCGAGUUGGAAGAAGAACCAGUGAUUAUUUUCAACAUGCGUCGUACCGAAAUUAACUGGAAAAGAGCCAUGCAUUUCUAUAGACCCUUUAACGGUAAUGAUACUAUCAGAUUGUCGUUAAGAGACUUAAAGCCAAGAUUUCGUGAGAAGAAUUGGGCCCCGUUCUUUGAUGAUAGUGAUCCUGAUAAUAUUUAUUUCAUAUACAAUUUUAAUCCCCUUCGUGUCAUAAAAUGUGGUCUUUCUGACGGUGUGUGUGAUAAGGUUACUGGACCUAGUUUCAUAGAUUCUAAAGCCGACGAAUCAAAGCAUGUCGGUGCAUUAAGAGGAGGAACCAAUCUCGUUCCAAUACCGUCCGACCUUUUACCAAAGCAUCUAUUUUUUAGAAGAUAUUGGUUCGGUAUUGCCAGAUCUCAUAAUAGUGAGUGUGGAUGUUUGAAGGAAAUUUAUAGACCGCACGCAUUUAUAAUAUCCAAAAAUUUGGAGACUGGUGAAUUUACAUUGGACUAUGUAAGCUCUUUGAUGGACUUCAACGUUAUUGCAGAACCAUGGACUGAAAAUAUAGCUAUAUGUAAAGACGGGAAGAAUGUAUUGAUUCCGAACAGUAUUGCUUAUUGGGAUCAUGUUUUAAAGUCGGAUACCUCAGUUGAACAUGACUUUAUGGGUAUCACUUUUUCUGAAGCCGAUAGAACAAAUAAAAUCGUACAUAUACAAGGAUUCUGGCGCCAUAUAUUGAAAGCAUUGAAUAGUAAGGAUACUGGUCAGGGGUCUCAGGCCAUAGCGAACAUAAAAGAAUAUUAUGCUGGAAGCAAUACUGAACUCGAGAAUGAAUUGUUAGGAAGAUGUGCUACCUCUUUGGCUGAACAGUAUUGCGAAGAUACGGCUACCUCUCAAAAUUGGAUUGAUUAA